CACGCUUAAACGCCACUGUCAUCCGAUAGUCGACUCUCAGGUCGUGAAAGUCGCGAUGAAUGCGAACACACAACCUGCUGGGUUUCCUCUAGAGAUCUUGCACAAAAUCAUAACAUACCUACCUCGCAAGGACAAAUGGACGGCGCUCUUCGUCUCCAGGAUUUUCUACCAAACUACGGCUCCGUCUGUCUUUGCGGCUCUUCACCUUGAGAUUGGACGUUGGGGCCGAUCAGAUCAUUUCAAGACAGAUGCUGACUGCGUCGAGGAGAACGCUGACCGAAACUGGAGCAUAUUCAUGCACAUCAUCCGCAAUCGCACUUUUGCAAGCUUCGUCCGGAGUCUGUACAUUGUGGCGUCCUCGCUGGAACGAUACGCCAUUGUGGAUAGAAAUAUGUUGACAGAAAUGGUUAGGUCUCUGCCAAAUCUGCGCUUAGUGCAUUGGUACGGGGAAAACCCCCUCCCGUCAAUGGAGUUCUUAGAUGCGCUGCUUGAAUCAUGUCCACAUUUGCGCGAAGUAUCUCUACCUUGGCCUAUCGACCCUGAGCAAUGCCUGAAUCGUUUCACACAUUUGGAAGUGAUCCGCCUGUCGGCGGACGACGAUGAAGAUAAUUAUGACCUAAUGAACCCCAAUUCAGAUUUUGAUGGCUAUCUGUCGUCUGACGGGAAGAGGCUCAGAGAACUUUCCAUCCCCGCCUCUCUGAUUUGGAACACUCCUGAUCACGUGCUGCGUGAUUUGACGGAGCUCACCCUGACGCCACCGUGCAGUUUAGACAACCUGGACAUCCUGUUUCAGCAGGGUGCACGGCUGGAGUCCUUGUGCGUCUUGCAGUCGUAUCAUAAUAAGCCCCUUCCCAUCAAACGUACAAUGAAAACCAACCUGUCCGCCCUGCCAUCUUUGACGUCAUUCAAAGUGCUCUUCGGUAAGCUGGAUCCUGACGACAUACCCAUACUCGCCAAUUUCCUACGAUGCAAGAAGAAUCUGCGACGGCUGGAUAUAUCUCUGGUCGAUCUCGACUGGAAAUUUAUGCAGCCUUUGCUCGACGUGAUAUCCACGUCCCGCAGCCUCGAAGUCCUCGGUCUGGACAUCAUCCAGGGGUCUCCCUUUACGUUUCAUGAUCAUUCAGUUCUCCAGCGGUCGUUGCCCCGAGAUCUUGUCGCCUUACGCUUGUAUACCUACUUUAAAAAGGUGGACAUAGACGCCGACACAUGGUUCGAAUUAUGGACUCAACGUCCUAAGAUAACAUAUACACACUGGAAAGGCGAUUGGCCUCCCAGUUUUGUCAGAAAGCUGCUCUUCGAGACUCAGAGCAUGAAAAUGGUCGUUGAAUCCUUCAUCAUCACGGAAAUUGACCGGACGACGGACGAUAUCACGCCGCUACCUCUCUGGUCACGUAAGAAAGUCAAAUUUAGGAUCAAGGAAGAUUUUCAAUGCGCCGACUGGGAGUGGCUUGCCCGUCAUCACGAUCUUUUUACCAUGGGCGACUGGUAGGGUGCUGCUGUGACAUUUUUGAAAUUGUUGUAACUAUUGUUUGCGUUGAUGCAUUGCAUCGUAGUAUGAGGGACUCUCAGUACGACCUCCAAAGUCUCUUCAUCCUAUUCUGCCAGGUCCGCUGCCUUCUACGUCAUCCCUUCGACUUGUGUCAUUCCUUCAACUUGAAGUCGUUGCCCCUUGUUAUGUACUGGAUGUGAUUCACCUUCGAAAACCAAUAUAACUGAAAGUCGGGAUAUAAAUGCUUAUGGAAGCUUAC